AUGCAGGAGGAGAAACUGACGGAUCUGCAAGUGGCGGAGAUCAAGAAAGCAUUCUCCAUAUGCGACAAAGAUGGCAGUGGCAGCAUUGAUCUUCCCGAGCUCAAGACAGUGAUGACGGCCAUCCUGGAUGAGGAGCCCAGUGAAGCCGAGUUGGCACAGCUGAUGAAGACCAUUGACAAGGACCACAGCGGCACCAUCGAGUGGGAAGAGUUUCUCGACGCCAUGACCAAUUGGUUCAAGCAGGACUACAAGGUGCACAAGAGCGGCAACAGCGAUCCGAUGAGCCAGAAGAAAUCCAAUCCCGAUCGGGAGAGGAAGGACGUCCACAAGAAGAUCAAGAGCUUCUUCGCCCAGUUCAAAAAGGGCUCCACCUUCGACAAGAUUCGCUCGGAGCUGCAGAAGGAAAAGCGCCUGCGAUACCUGGAAGAGUGCAAGAAGAUGCUGGAGCGAUUCCCGGCCUUCCACAAUGCCCUGAACUCAGACAACCCGCUAUCGCAACUGGAGGCCAUGACGAACGUGGUCAAGCUCUUGUCCAUCGUGGAGGUCUUUGCCACUCCUCAGGAAAGGCGCGGUGUGGCGGAAGUGAUCAUCAAGAUCUUCGAGCUGUUUGUGCAGACGGGCAUGACCCCGCGCAUCAUCCACAUCCUGCAGACGUCCGACCCGCAGCGACCCCAGCUCCAGGAGCUGGCUGCGCGUAUUCUGACCUACUUCAUCCCGGGUCCGCGCAUCGCUUCAACACCCGAGGACUCACUGCUCCACCCCAACCAAAUGUUCUUCAAGAAGCUCGUCAUCUCCGAGGGAGGCGUGCCUAUCCUCAUCAAGCUGCUCCACCACCCUGUCCCCGAAGUCCGCCAGCAGGUCCGGGGCGUGUUGGCGCUGGGCUGGCUGGCGGCGCACAACCCAGAGUGCCGGGACCACCUGCUGCACCAUCGGGUGGUGCCUGCGCUGCUCCAUAUCUCGGGCAACGUUACCGACCUCGAGGUGGCCAAGGCCCUCUCGUGGACCUUUUCCAUCCUGUGCGGUGUCACCCACCCUCGCAGCAAGCUCCCGUCCUGGGAAGCGAUCGCACCGAUGCUGCCGCACCUGGGCAACUUUUUGUUUUCGGGGGAUGAGGACGUGCUCGCCAACGUCCUGUCGGCACUUUCGCUCGUGCUGCCGGGCGUUCCCGAGGCGAACGUGUGCCGGCGGCUGGUGCAGCUCCUCGCUUCCUCGGCCCCACGCGUACAGCGAGGGGGGCUGCAGACGAUCACCUACGUCCUUCGCUUCGACGACAAGCAGACCCAAUUCCUCAUCGACUCUGGCCUCACCGACGCCCUCGCUCAUCUGCUCCGCUCCGACGACGAACUCGUGCGCGUUGCCGUUUGCGAGACCCUCAUUGUCCUCGCCGGCGCCAUCAUCAAGGCCGACAUCGUGCCUCGCCUGUUGCAGCUGCUCGCCACAGAUGAGCUCAUGCGAUGGAAGGUGGCCAAGGUGGUCAAGUAUAUCACUCGCGGCAACGCCCCGCAAAUUGAGUAUCUCGUGAAGCAAGGCGUGGUGCAGGCCUUGGCCAAGUCACUGGUGCACUUCAAGGUCUACGACCAAGUCCUCACCGAAAUCUACAAAUUCUGUGGACCCUCGUUCAACUUCGAGUUUGUUCGCGACGUGCUUGCGGCGCUUGACAACAUCGUCAACGUGGGCGAAAUGGAGGCCGAGGAGAAGCAAAAGCUCAACCAGUACGCUCUGUCGUUUGACAUGGGGUGCGUGGACAGCAUCCGAGGCGUGCUCCAGGCGCUGCGCUACGCCUCCAAGGACGAGCUCGAUGCCUGGCGCCAGAACUCCCACACCCCCGGAGAGGCGCCCGUGGAAGACAAGAUACGGUCACUUCUGUUCAAGAUCAAGCGCGUGCACGACGGCAACAGCGAGGCCAAGAUCUCCCGCCACAUCUCUCAGAUGAUUGGCUCUGUGUGGAAGGAGUACUACAAGGACAACCAGGACCACCUCGACAACAAGGUGCUCGUCAAGUGCUACCAUGGAGAUGACAUCCGUGUCGUCGAGGUGCCGCGUGACGUGCGCUACCAGGACUUCCUCAGCGAGCUGCAGGGCAAGUACGUGGGUCCGCUCACGGUCACCUACAAGGAUGAGGAAGGCGAGUCCAUCACGAUCGACUCGCAGGGCUCGCUCGAGACGGCCAUCCACAAGCACCUGAAGGAGGCCGCCAAAACCCUCAAACUCCGCAUCUCCAUCCGGGGACUUACGGCCUUCUCGCCCUUGGCGACCCCUUCGGCCUCUCUUCGCGGUUCGCCCAUUCCUUCGCCCCGUGCGUCGCCCCCUGGCUCCCCGCUCCGCAAGCGCAAGCGCCCCGCCGAUGACGUGCCAGUCCGCGACGAUGACGACGACGACGACGAGGCUGAGGCGGAGGAGGAGCAGGCAGCGUACACAGCGGCAGACCAGCAGAGGAGUGAGAAGAGCAGGCAGCACGACGACGACGAACCCGUCGCCCAGCAGCCGCGCCGCAUCCCCGCUGCUGCCCGUUCCUCCUCCUCCUCCUCGUCGUCGUCGUCCUCUCCUCAGACGCAGCGUCGCGGGGGCUACAUGAGCGGGCAGGUGAGCGGGGCCUCUUCGCCCAUGCCCGCCCUCCACUUCCCCCUCGCCACGCCCCUCAUCCGCCAGGGAGAGGCCUUUUCGUUUGGCGACAGUCUCGACCACAUCAAGCGCGAGGAGAAAAAGGCGCUCCUGGCCCAGCUCGAGCAGACCACACACUUCUCCCGCGAUGAGCUGGAGAAGCUGUACGCCAAUUGGUUGAAGCAGGCGCGGAACGGCUACGUUGGCCGUGAGGAAUUCGAGGCGGGUCUCAACGCAAUUGGUAUCUCGGAUCCGCUCAUCAUUGAACAGAAUUUCUCCGCUUUUGACCACAACAAGGACGGCAAGAUCAAUUUCAGAGAGUUCGUUACGGGACUGUCCGUGGUGCAGAAGGGCACCAUGGAGGAACGCCUCAAGUUUCUCUUCGACGCCUACGACGUCGACGGGAGCGGCACACUCACCCCGGACGAAGUCUACAACAUCUUCAAGGCCUCGCUGGCGUCCAAGGGAGAGACCAUCAGCACAAAAGAAAUUCGCGACAUGGUGGACGAGUGCUUCCGGCAGAUCGACGUGAACGGGGACGGCGAGAUCAACUACGAGGAGUUCAAAACAGCCGUGACCAACCAGCAGCUCAUGAUCUCCUGCUUCGUCCACUACCCCACGGACCACCACCAGCAGUAA